AGGUGCUGAAUUGUUGCUCGACUGCUUCAUCAAGACCCUGUGCGAGCAAUUCGAGGCGAUUUACCAGGAGGACGAGCAAUCCCGCGAUGGCAAGACGACUACUGCCACGGUUGCUGUCAAUAUCGUUCGGGCAAAACCUCGUGGAGCUCUUUGACAAAUACAAACAACUUGCCCUUGCUGUGGAAGACAAGAAUUUAGAAUUGAAAUUCGUGGGCGAGUUCAAAAGUUUUCUGCGGCAGAAAUCGAGCAUAUCUGAAUAUCUUUCCCUCUACAUCGCCAGCUUCAUGAAGAUGGAAAGAGGAGAAAAAGAGGUGUCCGAAGAAGAUCUCGAGGCCAAAAUGGACGGUGCAAUGCACAUUUUCAGGUGCCUCAGCGAGUUGGACACGUUUGAAGCGUACUACAGGCGCUACCUGACGCACCGACUCAUAGAGAACAAGUCCAUCGGCUACGACUACGAGCGCAACAUGGUCAGCAGGUUCAAGGAAAUGUGCGGCUGGCAGUCGACCAACCACAUUGAGCAAAUGUUCAAAGACAUCCAACUCUCCAAGGACUGCAACGACGAAUUCAAAAAGCAGCAAAACGAAGAGGCCAACACCUCGCAGAAAUCCAAGAUUGAUCUGAACGUGACGGCGCUGUGGGACAUCAAAUGGGAUGUGUGCAGAGUGCCAGAGAACCUGAACAUCCCAAUUGACGCCCUCAACGCCUUCGAGAGCUUCCAAUUGUUCUACCUGAGCAAGCACAUGAAGAAGAAGAUGCGACUGCACUGCAGCUACGGCACGGCCGAAUUGAAAGCGACCUUUUUCGACUCGGAGCAACAGCCAAUUCGGACGCGGCUGCUCACCGUUCCCACCCUCUGCAUGAUCGUGCUGCUCCUUUUCAACGACAGGCUGGCCCUGACCUUUGACGAAAUCCAAGUAAGCACAAACAUCUCGGAGGGAUCGCUGAAAACGCUGCUGCAACGCCUCGUCUUUGGGCGGAUGAAAAUUUUGAGGAAAUUCCCCGAAGGAGAGGAGAUUUUGCCCGACAGCCUGUUCACCGUCAACGAAGACUUCAAAACCAGGCACCACAGGGCCAGGAUUCAAUUUCUGGACAUGCACAAGGAGACUGAGGCGGAAAAGAGGGUGAUUCAUCAGGACAUCGAGAAGCAGAGGGGCUACGAGUUGUCUGCCGCCAUCGUGCGCGUGAUGAAGGCGCGCCAGAGCAUGAAGCACAACUGCCUUGUGGCCGAGGUGAUCGACAUGGUGAAGAGCAGGUUCACGCCGGACCCUGCCAAAAUCAAGAAGGAAAUUGAGAGUUUGAUUGAUAAAGACUACAUCGGCAGGGAGAACGGACAGAUGGACUCCUACCGCUACAUUUCCUAAGGUUCAUCACCGCUGCUGAAAUUAACAAACAUUUUCCGAUUAGGAAAGCGACUGAAAUCAUGAGAUAUUUCGUAUAGUUUUUAGAUUUGAUUACAUUUAAGGUUUUCAUUUCUGUCUUGACCUACAUCAAGAGUCGUACCUAGCAAAGGUUUGGUACUAAGGUGUCAAUUGAUUUUAAAUUUUGUAUGCAUUUUCAGACCUGACAAAGUGCACGACUUUUAAUAUGGCGAUGAAUCGCAGCGACGUGCACCAAAAUGCUUUUCUAUGUACUGUAACAAUUAUAACAAAUAAAAGUGAUAUCAAAAAUUAAUUAUUU